AUGGACAAAUGGCUCAAAACGGGGCGAUUAUUAUCAGUAGAGAAGACCAGUCUAACAUCUACAAGUAAAAGCAGUACUUCGUCUGUUCCAUCGGAAAACUCGACUUCCCACUGUGAAGCAGCUCCACCCCAAAAACUAACUGUCAAAAAUGAAGCAUCUCCAAGUAAGGAAUACACACAAAUUAAUUUUUCAAAAGGUAAAAAAAGACGUUAUGAUGAAGAAUAUUUAUCGUUUGGAUUUAUUGCCAUUGGAGUAGACACGUUUCCCGAUGUGAGGUGCGUAGUUUGUGAAAAAGUUCUCGGCAACAGUUCUUUGGCUCCUGCGAAGCUUAAGCGACAUUUGGAAUCUAAUCAUCCAAAUCUGAAAGGGAAAGAUCUGGAAUUUUUUAAAAUGAAGAAAGACUUUUUAAUUGAAAGUGCGAGUUAUCUCACUAAGUAUGUAAAAGACGAAAAUGAGAAAAACACAAAGGCUUCAUUUAUAUUGGGUUAUAAUAUUGCACGUGCCGGAAAACCUCACACCAUUGCCGAAAGUUUGAUUAAACCUAGUAUGAUAGAAGUGGUCUCUUUUAUUCUCGGAGAAGAUGCGGGAAAAAAAGUUGCAGCAGUGCAGUGCUCAAACAAUACGAUUUCUGAUCGAAUUCAUAACAUUUCUGACCACAUUGAAAAUUAA